GUCAUCGAAGGUGUACUGUACAGCAUCCCGGCGGAAUGCACUGAUAACUGACUGAGGAUUUACACGUGUUUUUCUUUCGCAUAUCAAUUUAUUGUGUUCGUCAACCAAAUCGUAUUCACAAUGAAGGAAAGGAGACUUACCCAGCCUCUGGUGGCGAGAUGUAAACUGGUGUUGGUUGGGGAUGUUCAAUGCGGAAAAACGGCGAUGUUGCAAGUCCUUGCAAAGGAUUCCUAUCCUGAGACAUAUGUUCCAACAGUAUUUGAGAACUACACAGCGUGUCUGGAGCUGGAGGAGCAGCGCGUAGAGCUCAGUCUCUGGGACACAUCAGGCUCUCCAUACUACGAUAACGUCAGACCCCUGUGCUACAGCGACUCAGACGCUGUGCUCCUCUGUUUCGACAUCAGCCGUCCAGACUCAUUUGAUGGUGCACUGAAAAAGUGGAAGACAGAGAUCCUGGAUUUCUGCCCCAGCACACGCAUCCUCCUGAUAGGCUGUAAAACAGACCUGCGCACGGACGUGUGCACGCUUAUGGAGCUGUCCAAUCAGAAGCAGACACCCAUCUCACACGAGCAAGGGUCCUCCAUGGCCAAGCAGCUAGGCGCGGAGGCCUACCUGGAGUGUUCAGCCUUCACCUCAGAGAAGAGCAUCCACAGUGUGUUCCGUACUGCAGCCCUGGCCUGCAUCAACAAGCUGCAGCCCUCCACCAAGCCCAGCCCCGCCCGACGCCUCUCCAAGAGACUCCUCUUUCUGCCCGGCAAGUCUGACCUCCUCUCCUCCACCUUCGGCAAGGACAAGGCCAAGGGCUGCUCCAUCAUGUGAGGAAGGGAGUAGAACCCAGACAGUGGUGGCCAGAGAGGCACUCUGACCGGUCAAGAGGAUAAAGGGGGGUGCGGGGUGGGGAAGGGAAAGUAAGGGGGAAGGAAGGGGUUUCUCUUUAAUCCCUCUGGCCUCCCCAAACAUCCUCCCCACCCCCACUGACAGCCCUCUUUAAAAAAGACUGCUACCCCUCCAUGGUUUACUCUGUGUAAUAUAUACUGGUCUUCUUCAUGACUCCCCCCCCCAUCCCCCACAAACACAUACACAACAGACCCACACACACACAGACACACACACCUCACCAGCAUAGGUUAGUGCAGACUUCCUUUUAUAAUGACAGUGAGAGCGAAAUGAUAUAAGAAAACAUCAAUUGUAAACACAGCUCACCUCUUUGUAAUGUUGAUGUGUGUACCAUCCCAUCCAUCAUCCUUGCCCUAAAUUAAACUUGAAAAUGUUAACGUUAAAAUGGGAUCUUUGCUAAAAAAAAAGGAUGAGGUGGCCACCUCUACAUUCCUGGCAAUGAGAGGGAACGGUACCCAGAGUGCCCAGUGU